AUGGAGCUGGGCUUUGCAUGCCAGGCUGCACCCAAAGUCGGUUCCCACCCACUGCACUUCCUGGCCUUUUGGCAACACCCCAGGAGCCUUAGGCCCUCAGCCAUGGCGAUGCGGAACCAUCCUGUUCUCCUACAGUCCUCAGCCUCCUGGCUUCUCUUCCCCGCCCGCCCUGGCAGAGGUGAGGACUCCAUCGGCACCUUGGGCCUGAUCCUCGGCGUGGGACUGUCACUGCUGCUCGUGUCCAUCCUUGGCUAUAGUCUGGCCAAGUGGUACCAGCGUGGGUACUGCUGGGAGGGGCCCAAUUUUGUCUUCAACUUGUACCAAAUCCGGAACAUGAAGGAUCUGGAGGUGGGGCCGCCCUUCACCAUCAGUGGCCAUAUCGGCAGUCCAGAUGGCGGCUACAUGAAGUUCUCCAAUGGGUUAGUCUGAUGGGGAGGCACAUCGGCUGCUGGAGCCCGGAGAGGAAGAGGCUGCUGGCUCAGCGUCUGUCCUCCUGGCUUCCCAGGGCUGCCCUCAUUCUCCUGGGCUUUCAAAGGCUGGCGAGGUCCCUGAUUUCUCCUGCUACUCCACCAGCCUGUGGCAUAAGAGGCCCAGGGAGAGUUGGGUCUCUGGGGACAAGUCUGCCGGGGCAGCACAGCAGCUCAAGAGGCGGCCAUGACCCAAGGAGAAAGGACUGGACCCCGGGAGGCCCAUGGGCCUGCAGGAGGCUGGUGCCCUGGAGAGCUAGCCUGGAGAGGCAAGGCCCUUGGACUCCAGUGGGGAUAUUUUCAUGGGGCAUCCCCCUGCCCCCCACCACCCCACCACUUCCCCUUGUAGGGCCACCACCAGGGGCUGGAAAGCCAAUUGUGUCCAGCACGGGCCAAGUUAUAUGGAAACACACGUGAUUCCGGACCUGGUUUCUGACCUUCCCACCAGAGGCCCACUUCCCUGAAGACUGAGCUUGGCUUUACUCUGCCCUGCCCCCACUGGGCUUGAUUCUGGCCCUUUGAACUUGCAGAUCUGCACUGCGUGCUUCCCACCUCACCCCUGUGCCCCACCUGGACCUGUCCUCCCUCCUGCUGACAGGCCUCAGGUCCUCCCGGACACCAUCAGCUCCCAGUGUCCAUGAGCAGCAUUGAGAGCAUUCU